AGAUGUAAGCUGAUGUCAUGUGGGCUGGAAUCGAGUGUAGCAUUCAGAAUGAUUGCUGUUUUUGCACUUCGUAGAACAUGCUGCCGUUUCUGAGCCGUCUUGCAAACAAAACACUGCUAGGUCAAAACAGAAAACGAUAGCGGCGCUACUGCCAUCGUAUCAACUUGUUUCAAGAUGCUCGUGCUUUCCGCACUCAACAGCCCCGGCCUAACCCAGGCUAUCUACGCCGGAAAUGCCCUGUGGUUUACGAGCGCCUUUGUGCACUUUGGCUUCCGCCAGCCCUUCAUGAUGCGCAAGCUCUCGCGGCGCCGGCAUGCCAGCGGCACGGCCGUCGCGGCCUCACCGGCGGGCGACGCGUGGCACCACGACAUCAUGGCCUACCUCGGCGGCAUGAACACGUCGCUGGCCCUGCUGGCCCUGCUGCGGCUGUACGCGGUCGCGCGCCCGUCGCCGUCGCGGGACAUGGUGGGGGAUGCGUCGUCGUCAUCGUCGUCGUCCUUGUCCCCCGACGUCACAGCGCUGGCCGUGCUCGGGCUCGCAAACUUCUCCCAGGCCGCCCUCAACUUCACAAUCGGCGCCCGGUCCGAUCGCUGGAUCAUGGGCAAGGGACUGGACCGCAUCACGGUGCUGGACGUAGUGUUUACCGUGCUGGACUGGACGGCGGCGCUGGCGAGGGUUGUUGCGUGAGCGGCGUGUGAGCGCACGCGUGGGGACUUUUUGUUACUUUCUCCAAGUGUUUUCUUUUUGUUUGAGCUGCCUGGCGCCUACAGGUAGGUGCCUAUCUCGUAGGUAGCUAGAAUCGUGUCCACCUGAUUUUAUCAUAUACAAAUCUCAUUACACUAUCCGUAGGCGACUACCUCAAUACCUGGCAGAACCAUAUCGUCUCGA